GAAGUAAAUGUUACAUCAACAGAGGGUUGAAGAUGUUGGAGAGCAGCUUAACACAAAAGCAGCUGAGAGAGGACAAGAACUGACCAUACAAGCAACACAAACAGCAGAUGAGGAGUUCAUUGAGUCAGAAAAAAGAUAUGUCUGGAUUGGUCUGAGCAAUGCAGAAACAGAAGGAGUGUGGGUGUGGGUGGAUGGGUCAGCACUGACCACUGCGUUCUGGAGGGAGGGGGAACCCCAGUGAAAAAGAUGGAAAGGAGAACUGUGCUGUUUUCUCUAUCUGUGCUCCCACACUGAAUACAUGGAAUGAUGUACCUUGCUCUGGAAAGACAGGAUGGAUCUGUGAAUUGCCGUUGAAUUCCUCCAAAUUGCUCCUCUGAA